AUGACUGAUGACGAGCGUGAUUUUGUGGAGUAUGAAAAUCUGACUACCCCAAUUAUCAUCACAGUUGCUAAUGGACAGCAUCUGAUGGCGAAAGGAACGGGGUCGGUGCGAUUUGUACUGGAAAAUGGCCGCACAGUUAUGCUGAAGAAAGUUCUUCAUGUGCCUAAAUUGGACAAGAAGCUUGUAUCUGUACCAGCACUGACAGCCCGAGGUGUGCUUGUGCAGUUCAAGCGUAAUCAAGCAGUCCUAACAUCCAAUGGGAUUACGGUAGCAGUGAUUAAUCGAGUGGGAAAAUUGUUUGCGUGGAAUGUGAAGCAGGAUGUGGUAUUGGAGGCGUACAAAGCCGAGAGCACGACCAAAGAAGAUGAUGAAAGUGGACCGUGGCAUGCUCGCCUUGGUCACGUAUCGACAAGCAAGCUUAAUCAAGUAAUGAAGGCGUGCGACGGUAUUACGAAAUUGUCGGCAACUGAAGUCGGUGUUUGCGAUGGGUGCUUAUUGAGGGUUACCGGUACAAUCCGAACCUAG